AUGGGCGGCCCAAACCUCGAAGUCUUCAAAUUCGGAAUGUACAUCCUCUUCCCCAUCAGCAUCAUGUACUACUUCGGCACGAACCUCGACGGCAAGUUCUCGGUCCCGGACUUCUGGCCCAAACCAGAGCAGACGCAUCGCAUUCCGUAUGAGCGCGAGGAGAUCGCGAAGGAGUUGGAGAGGUUGAAGGCGAGGAAUAGGGCGAAUAGGGUGAGGAGGGAGGAGGAGGAGAGGAGGGGGCGGGAGGCGUUUGGGGGGAGAGAGGGGUAG